CAUAUAAGGGCCGUGUUGUGUUCAAGUCUGGCUGUAAAUGAGCCAUGUCCGUGGCACGGAUCAUUGUAUUUGGCCUUAUGGUCACAUCAGCCUUCAGCUACGGGCGGACAGAAAACAGCAACGUCACUGUCUACAGUUAUUUGAGGCAGUCCUUCAGCACAGACGACGUCCUUAAAAAACCACUGUUUGUUAUUUCAAAUGUGAACCCCGAGGAAGACGAGCUAAAUGGCUACGUGGCUGAAGGUGGUCUCUCAGCUCUGGCAAGCGAUCCCAAUGGACAGGCAACUUACGACGCGCUGCGGUUGCAGGGCGGAACGGCAUUAUUGAUACACCCGAAUUUCGUGUCCCCAACUGCGCUGGAGUCAGCAACAGAAACUGCUGCUGUAUCCCCUCUGCGUCUUCCAAAUCUUGCAACAUUGGCGGUCUUGGUGGCGUCUGCUGUCGGCAUCCCUUGGCUCUUGUCAGGGUCCUCCAAGAAAAACUCCACCAACACCACAACUUUUAAACACGAAGGGUAUCUUCUUAAGUUGUGCAAACUUGAACUGUCCGACGAUUCUGUUCGUGUUAUUGAAGGCUUAAAUCAACUCCCUGCGUCCGUUAUCAAUAAUGAAUAAAACUCACUGUCAAAGAAACAUUCCCAUCUUUUAUGGAACUCAAAGGUUCGUUACUGUGCUCGCAAGAAUCUGCUAUCGGAAGAAUAGCAUUGGCUUACAACAAAGCUGACCAGCCAAUUUACAGAAUACUUCACUAAAAACUUUCAGAUAUCUAAACUAUUAAAUCUGGUAACCGGUAACAAGUUACGUAGACCUCAAACCCUUUUUAUUAAUAUAUAUAUAUAUAUAUAUACACAUACACACAUAAACACAUACAUAAAUCAUAGGCCUGUAUCAGAAAAAUAUAUGAUGCAGAGCACUAAAUUUCGUGUAAUUUAAGAGCUUAAAUUGCUUUGUUGUUAUGGUUGUAAAGUAUUCAUAGAGAAAAUGAGUCGUAUGCAUGUGGCUCUCGUUAUACGCGGUGUUGCAUUGCUGCGAAUAGCGAAAUGAAAUGGUACCGUGUAAAACGGGAAACGUUGAUAUUCUCAUUGAUACACCAUCAGAGGCCUUAAUGUGUGGUCCCAGGAGUCAAAAUAAUUGGGGGGGGGGGGUCAGUGAAAUUGCUCGUGCAACUUAGCGUACCUGCGCGGCAGCUAUUUACUGUGGCCGCGGAUAAUAUAUAAAUGCAUACUGAAAUAAAACGGCGAAUAUACGAAAACGUGGAUGUGGAAAACGCAAAAAAAAAAAAUCACCUGUAUAGGCGUGCAAACAUUUAAUGUCUUAUUAAAUACAGGUCGUAAGAUAUAAUCAACAAUUAUUUCCGUAUAAUUAAUUUUGAGAAAGGCCGAAAAAAUUGCAGGUAAUCUAGCUAAUAUAACACAUAAUACAUAUAAUGUGUACUAUUCCUAAUUCUAGUCUGUUCCCUGAAGUAAACUCUGAUAAUUACCGAACCAUUCGGUGGAGUAGUUAUCACUCUGCUUAUAUUCUGGAGGUCCCAGAUUUAAUAAUAAAAUUUGUAAUUUACCAUCUCUAAAAAAUGAAGUAACACGUGUUGAGUUAAAUAUCGCAUUAAUAAACCAAUAAGAAUAUUC